AACGCUCUAAUGAUCCCUGUAAUGUAUUCCUGAAAUGCUUUGCAGUGUCGGACUGUUUACCAUAAUUCUAUCAUUGAGUUUUAAUAGAUCAUUUCCUCUGUGUGUGUGUGUGUGUGUGUGGGUGUGUGUGGGUGUGUUUGUGUGCAUGUCUGUUUUUUUUUUUUUUUAGACUUAAAUGCUGCCAAGGAGUCGGAGGGUGCCAGGACUGAGGCUGAACGCCUUUCAUCACAGCCAGCCUCGUCUCACUGCCUGAGUGGAGCCAAAGACGACCCAGCGCUACACAACCCAGCUCCCAGCAUGCUCUCUGCUCCCAGGCAGACACCCCCGCUUUGGACCUAGAGAGAGAAACCGAGGGAGAAAGAGAGAGAGAAACAGAGGGAGAAAGAGAGAAAGAAACAGAGAGACACCCACAACCCCCCUCCCCCUCCCCCACGGCCACCAUGACUGACACGCCCAUGAGGGAUGAGACGAGCAGAAGGCCGUCCAUCCGACGCCGCUGCAUUCCGGCUGCACCCCGUUAACGCCCCACCCCGUGACCUUUCAACCCCUCGACCCCCUGGCAAUAGGCAAGCGGAGCAAUGCCCUCCAAGGUGUCGUGCCUGUACCUGCUGACCGUGCUGUGCUGGGCAAGCGCCCUGUGGUACCUGAGCGGCUCGCGCCCGUCCUCGUCCUUCAGCGGGCAGAUGGCCGCCAUCCCCGUGCGCCGCUCCUCCGCCAGGAACCUGGCCGCCAAGAACCUGACCUACGGCAACGUGCGCACGCGGACCCUCAACCCCCACCUGUUCCAGUUCCUCAUCAACGAGCCCGACAAGUGCCAGCCGCCCCCCAGCGAGGCGGCGGCGGGGAACAGCACGCCCCCUUUCCUCGUCAUUCUCAUCAGCACCACCCACAAGGAGUUUGACGCGCGACAGGCCAUCCGUGAGACGUGGGGUGACGAGAGCACGUUUGGCGGGGAGGUGCGCGUGGUCACCCUCUUCCUGCUGGGCAUGCACCCGGACCCCGUGCUCAACCAGAUGGUGGCGCAAGAGAGCCAGGUGUUCCACGACAUCGUGGUGGAGGACUUCGUGGACUCUUACCACAACCUGACGCUGAAGACGCUCAUGGGCAUGCGCUGGGUGGCCACCUUCUGCCCGCUGGCGCGCUACAUCAUGAAGACGGACAGCGACAUCUUCGUCAACAUGGACAACCUCGUCUACAACCUGCUCAAGCCGGCCACCAAGCCCCGGCGACGCUACUUCACGGGCUACGUCAUCAACGGCUCGCCCAUACGGGACAUGAGGAGCAAGUGGUACAUGCCGCGGGACCUGUACCCCGAGACCAAGUACCCGCCGUUCUGCUCGGGCACGGGCUACGUGUUCUCGGCCGACGUGGCGGAGCUCAUCUACAAGAUGUCGCUGCACACGCGGCUGCUCUACCUGGAGGACGUGUACGUCGGGGUGUGUCUGCGCAAGCUGGGUAUCCACCCGUUCCAGAACAGCGGCUUCAACCACUGGAAGAUGGCCUACAGCCUGUGCCGCUACCGCCGCGUGGUCACCGUGCACCAGAUCUCGCCGGAGGAAAUGCACCGCAUUCACAGCGACAUGACCAGCAAGAAGCACCUCAAGUGCUAGCGUCGCUUCGCUAAAUCGGGCCGAGUUGGGCUGGUCUCGACUGGACUCCCUUGUAAAGGGGAGACAUGAGGACCUAGGGCCAGAACAGAACGUUAGCCUGGGGGAAAACAGGACCUCAGCCUGGGUGUAAGUGGACUAAGUAUAAGUACGUGGACUAAGGCUAAUAACUGUGUGCUAAGCUAAACACUUAGUGCUCAGUGUUAGACUGACCAUAAGUCCCAAUGCUAAAGGUAGUGGUCAGACUGACUCAUUGGAUCCUAAACCACGAUGAUGAUGAACAAAGAAAGGGAGUGAUAUGCCCUAUCUGUGUAAUAUCUGUGUGAUUCUUUUUUUUUUGUUUAUUUUAGUACGGAGGUGAGAGAGUUUUGUUUUCUUCCCAGCGUGUCUGUGUAAGUGAAUGAAUCCCUAUGGGGCUCGGGGGCGGAGCAGUGUACAAGAGAAACAAACAGCUCGCCAGCUUUCAGACCCAAAAAAACAACAAGUGCGAGAGAGAGAAGAGAGAGAGAGCGAGAGAGGAAGACAGCAGAGAUUCAUUUCUUAAAAGCUUUAGUAAUGCAAAUACACCCAUAGUGCAGCUGACUCUGGACCAGACCGAUACCGGUUCUGUUCAGUCAGGGGGUAUUAAUAAGUCAUCAUGCUGAGUCUUAUUUCAAUCGAACGAUGUGGAUUGAAAAACAAAGAAAAUCAGAGAGGGAGCAAGACAAAGCGAGAGUGCAGAGAGAGUGCAGAGAGAGUUUGUCAAGGCGUCAAAUCAGACAAGCCAAAUCCACAAAGACGAGUCGAGACGAAGCACUUGACUUGACCCUAACCCUACCCAGCAGAGCGCCGUCUGCCCAGCCUCAGUCAAGCGCUCUCCUCAACCCCCUGUGUGGGAUCCUAAUUAAUAUGUGUCUGUUUGUUCUCUGCAGAGAAGGGGACCAGAAAUCUGAUGUGUAAUCAGAAGGACUGGUCUGGCAGAGGGAGAGGAACUGAGAGAGAUGAGUGUGAACAGUGUUUGUGCAUCUCUGCUGGUCUCCUGGGCAGGAGCACAAACACAAACACACACACACACACACACACACACACACACACACACACACACACAAAGUCCUUCUCCAGAUGGAGUUUAGCAGGGGAGAGACAGACAGGCUCGCAACUCUAAUUAAGAUAGCAGCACUGACCCCCAGAACAAACAACGGCCCCAAUUAGGCACACCCAGACAGCAAGAGGGAAUUCUGGGAGUGCUCCCCAGGGGGUGAUCACAGACGGCAGUAAUUAAUGGUCUCGUGUUUUUUUUAUUUCAUUUUAUUUUUUUAUUUCUUUCAUUUUAUUUCUUUCUUUAAUAUGCAAAAAGGGAGAAAAGGGUGGAAAGAUUCAUCUCAGCUACAGGGUUUCCACGGCGAUCCGCUUGGCAGGGUAGCGAUGGCUAUGCUACACUGCAGUGCUGAAGAGAUUACAUGCUAUCAGGAGGGAAGGGUGGAGAUGGAGGGAGAGUGGAGUGUGUGUGGGUGUGUGUGUGUGUUGGGGGGUAUGUGGUAUAUGAACUGAAUUGUGAUUCCAUUGACCUUGUGGGUUUGUUGGAGUAAUGAGUGGAGGAAGUACAUAGAGAAACAUUUACACAAACGAUGAGAUAAAGAAAAGGUCUGUGUGUGUGUGUGUGUGUGUGUGUG